AUGUCUACCACAUCAGAAGUAGCCACUUCCGUCCCCACCCUCGCCGACAAGCACUCGGGCAUCCCGCAGUACCUGCUGGAAAAAGCCGUGAACGCAAAGAAGGCGAUCCGCGAGGGCAGUACCGAUAAAGCUGGUGAGAAGAAGCCGGCGAGGUCAGUUGCUAUACCACAGGGCGUAGACGAAGACACUUUUUUCAAAGCCAUAGACGAACUACGUGGGACCCUCGGCGCGCAGCAUGUAGAGCUGAAUGAUAAGCCAUUGGAGGACGGAUGGUACAUGGAGCACCCAAACACGCACGAUGCGAUGACCAUCAUUGACCAGGAGGAGUUCGUAUCAUCAGCCGUUGUCUACCCUGGGAGCACCGGGGACGUGCAGAAGGUGGUCGUCUGGGCUAACAAGCAUCUGGUACCCAUAUCCCCCAUUUCGAUGGGCCGCAACCUCGGCUAUGGCGGUGCGGGCCCACGUGUGCGCGGUGCUGUAGUGAUCGACCUCGGGCGCCGAAUGCACGCGAUACUUGACAUCAGCCCGGAGGACUACACCUGCCUCGUUGAACCAGGAGUAUCUUACUAUGCAUUGUACGAGGAAUUGCAGAAGCGUGGGCUCGGCGACCACAUGUGGAUCGACGUUCCCGAUCUAGGAGGCGGAUCCGUGAUGGGCAACGCGCUGGACCGCGGCGUGGGCUAUUCGCCGUACGGGGACCACUGGGCGACACAUUCUGGCCUGGAGGUCGUCAUGCCCACCGGUGAAGUCGUGAGGACGGGCAUGGGGGCGCUCGAGGGGAGCAACACAUGGGCGUGCUUCCCGUACGGCUUCGGGCCGUACGUCGACGGCAUGUUCUCGCAGUCCAACUUUGGGAUUGUGACGAAGAUGGGCAUGACCCUGAUGCCGAACCCAGGAGGGUACGAAAGUUUUAUGUAUACGUUCCCGAGAGAGGAAGAUCUGCCACAAAUCAUCGACAUAAUCCGGCCCCUCCGCAUCAGCAACAUCCUGGAGAACGUAGCGCAGCUGCGGCACGUGGUGCAGGCGCUGGCGGUGCGCGGGCAGCCGCGCACGCACUGGUACGGGGGCUCGGGCCCGAUCCCGGACGCCGUGGUGCACGAGGCGGCGGCGGCGCUGCCGGCCGGCGACUACACGUGGGCGUACUUCGGCAUGGCGUACGGGCCGGCGGCGGCGCGGCAGCACAAGCUGGGGAUCGUGGACGCGGCGUUCCGGCGGGUGCCGGGGGCGCGGCGCGUCGACGCCGCGGACCUGCCGGCCGACGACUACUUCUGGUCGCGCGACCGCGUCGCCCGCGGCACGCCCGACCUGCACGAGCUGCGCUGGUGCAACUGGCGGCCCAACGGGUCGCACGUGGCCUUCUCGCCCGUGUCGCCGAUCCGCGGCGCGGACGCGGCGGCGCUGCUGGAGCUGGCGCGGCGGCGACACACGGAGUUCGGCGGCAUCGACCUGUUCCCGGCCUUCUGCGUCGGGCUGCGCGAGAUGCACCUGAUCGUGGAGAUCGUCUUCGACCGGCGGGACGCCGGCCGGCGCCGCGAUGCCAUGCGCUGCCUGCGCGCCAUGGUCGACGACGCGGCGGCUCUAGGCUACGGCGAGUACCGCACGCAUCUGGCGCUGAUGGACCAGGUGGCCGGGACGUACGCGUGGGGCGGCGGCGCGCUGGGGCGGCUGCACGAGACCAUCAAGGACGCCGUCGACCCCAACGGGAUCCUGGCGCCGGGCCGGUGCGGCGUCUGGCCGCGGCGGUACCGGGGCAAGGGCUGGGAGAUGCGCGGGGGCGGCGACCAAGGCGCCGACCAUGAGGAGACGAGCCAGGGCAAAGGGGUCGACGGCGCGGGAAAGGCCGCGUAG